AUGACGUCCUACUCCUCUGGCGACGAUGACGACGACGACGAAUCCGCUUUCCAAUCCCACUACAACGGAUCCCCCAGCUCCUCCUCGCCAGAGCCAUCACCAUCUCCCUCCCCUCCUCUCGUCCACCACAACUUCUUCGCGCCCCCUUUCUACAACCGGCCGCCGACUCCCCUUCCGCCCUCGCCUUCUCUAACCUCCCUCCUCCGACCCUCCCGCCCUACCACUCCCGACGCCUCCGACAACGAUGACUUCGAACCCGUCCCACGCGCCAGCCCUAAGGUCCCGACCUACGAAUACUACGGUUUUGUGCUAUACCUGUUCUCGUCGCUCGCGUUCCUCAUGUAUAUCCUGUGGAGCUAUCUACCCAGCCCAUUCCUACACGCGCUGGGGAUUUACUACUACCCCAACCGCUGGUGGUCGUUGGCGAUCCCGUCCUGGCUGGUCAUGUGUAUUGUGUACAUCUACGUCGCGCUUGCGGCAUACAAUACGGGGUACCUGACGCUGCCAAUGAGUAGCAUUGAGACGAUUAUUGAUCAGGCGGCGAAUGUGGCGACGUUGGAUGGGAAGGGGAGCUUGAAGAGGAGUAAUCCGGAGGGGAAGCACGCAGGGGUGGUGGAGAAGGGGAAGGAGGUGAGGAGGAAGGAGAAAUUGGAGAAGAAGAGGAUGAAGAGCUUGAGGCAGGAGAAGGAUUGGAAGGCUGUGUGGAGCGUGGGAACGGAUGCGUGCUUGGAUGUGCCGUUGGGCGGCGUUUGCGAGGUGUUGUAUGGGGAGGAUAGGGAUAUGGACCCGGAGGAUGAGUGGCUGGACGGAGGUGAUAUUGAGGGUGGAGGUUGA